AGAUAAGGAUAAGCGUGCAGGUAUUUCCGCUCCCUGGCGGCGGCGGGGCGAGGCAGGCGCGUAAACAAAGGUCCUCCGCGCAGGGUUUGAACGGCGCCCACCAUGACCUUCCCGCCCAUUAAAUCACUGGCUCCUGCACACAAUAACCCGGUUUCGUAGCUGUGGUAAGAGGGAGGUUGUCAUGGGGGAGAGAAGCUUGCCCCCCAAGGUGGAGGGCUAUCCUCAGGGCCGCCUUGACCUUAUCUUUGGGAAGCCGGCUGUUUUCCCUCCACCACAGCCUUCACAGUCUUUCAUAUUCACAUUCCGCUGGUGGGGAGACAUCCGGCCCUGCAUACUGAGGUUGCCGCCCGAGAAGAGUGAGACCAGAAUAACGCACAUGGUAACCUGCAGCGCCCAGUCUUUCCGGCAGUACCUGAGUGACAUGAGGAACCUGCACGUGACAGUCAAGAUAGGCGGGGAGGGGCGCUCAUACACACAAGACAAUCAGGACAAUUUUGACCUGCACACACAGAGCCCCAGACGGAUGGAGGGGGACACGCCAAGACAGAGACUCCUCCGACGGCAGCAGAGGCUCAAGAAGGGUUGGCAGGAUGGCGAUGUGGUGGGAAGCUUCGUCCUGCAGGAUCUGAAACUCAACGCACGUGGGGAUUAUGUCAAUGAAGGGAGAAUUCUGGACUCAUCGGGUGAUAUGAUUGGCUCAGUUGUAGUGACGAUGGUGUUUCUCGAAGGAACACUUGAAGAAUUCCAGCAGAUUAAGAUCCAGAGCGAAGAGGUCGUAUCACCUCAGCCUUCCUCCACCACCUCCUCCCCAGAGAAGAUGGAUUCUGGGGCAGGGAGGUCUCGUCUGUCUGGCAUCCCUGUCCCAGAGUCUCGUCUUGGCAAGCCUCUGAAGACCCCAACACCGGAAGGCUUCAGACCCAGGAGUUGGAGCUUUCGAGAGACAAUCAAGCAAAAAUGUGAUAAGUUGAAAUCCCCAAAGAAACAGCACCUUCUACAGCAGCAGCAACAACAACAACACAGCUUUGAGAUGCCAGUGGGGGAGAAGGAGAACCAAGCCCCUUAUAGGAAGAGGGCCAGCAGCUUCACCAAGAGUAGUGGCCGGGAAGGCUCGGCACCCCAAGAAAGUACAAACAUGAGAAAAUCCAGCACCCAGGAGAGCAAUUUACAACAGCCGGGACACACACAGGCAGCUCAAGACACAGAGGCAGCAAGGCGUCAGGAUCCUUCACACGGCAGGACGCAGGACGGUAGAGACAUGGAGGUUGGCAAGAGUCCUCAGCUGCCCCACCGAGCCAUACCACAGAAGGUGCCGCCAAAGAGUCCCCAGGUGGUAGAGAGCUCUGUCCCGGUGGUGCGGAGGGAGAGGAAGGCGCAGGAGGGUGUCAGUGAGAGGGCACGGCCAGCUAGCUGGGGUCUGUAUCCGCUUCUUAAUGGAGCAGAUCCUCACUCUUUAGUUGAUUCAGGGGCUGUGAGGGCCGAUGAACUUCCCAUCCUCCUGCAAGUGCUGGAGGGACACUCGCCCAACAUUGACUUCUCCAACUUUGACCCCAAGACUCGGAAACUACUGGAUGGCCUUGACCUUUCCCUCUCAUCAGGUGGCGCCAGUGGGUCAUCUCCACAGAGGUUCACAUUUGAUACCCGGGGCUCAGAGAAUAGGGGUCAUGCCUUCAGUGUGUUCAACAAGGGGGGACAGAAAGACAAAGGGGACCCAUCUGGUGUCACUGUCUCAGGGGUGUGGCCUCUGGAGGACCCCAAGCCUGGCCAUGCAGAGAGAACUAGCCACCUCCCCCCCACAGUGGUGCCCAAAAAGGUUCUGGCAAGUGAGAAGGCCAAGUUUGACUCCCCAAAGAAGAGUCUGCCUGUGCAAUCAAAAAUUCCAAUGACGCAGGGUGGCAGGAUCCCAGUUAAGGCUCAGAGGUCACUGUCCUCCCAUGCCGCCCCAGAGAAGAAGUUGUUUUCCAUGCCUGACGCCUCAUCUCAGCCCAGGGAGGAUGAGGAGACAUGGAUGGAGGUGGAGAAAACUGCCCCUGAGAAGUAUCCAUCAGAUGAAGGGUCACUGCUGGUGGUGGAUGUGGGAACACUCACCCUCUCCUCACCCCUCCUGCCCCCAACACCUCCUGAGAUAAGGAAGAAAGUCACGGGAGUGCAUGUCCUGCACCGUAGCCGCGUGUGUUACCUCACCACGCUGGACCUGAGCCUGCCGGAGCUGGACCCGCCCUUUGAGUGGGACCUGUCUCAGACCUGCGCCUCGCGUCAGCUGGUGGACCAUGAGGUUCAUUACAACGUGCGUGAGGCUCUGAAGCUUCCCCCCGCCCCUGUGGCCACCAUCCUCAAGGGGCACCUCAUCAUCAGAUGUGUGUGUCGGCGGCUGGGGGAGAGGGAGAACGAGGAGGUCGGCAGCUCAAGCAUCAGCCUUCUGGACCUGUGGCAACUCAAUGGCUCCGAGGUGCAAGUGCCACUGUUCUCCUCGGCUCCCUACGGCUCCCUCACACGGAGGUUCGGCAGGAGGGCCAGGAAGAUGGAGGAUGAGGACAAGCCGCAGUCCUUUGCCCACAUAACCUUGACAGUCAACUUGAUACUAGCCUCGGGGCAGGGGCGAGAGAGGGAGCAAGGAGGGGCACCAAAGUCAGAGUCGAGGCAGAGGUCAGAGUCCCACAUGCAUGCCUGGAACGGUGCGGCUGGACAGGUCUCCCUCAAGCCCCGCGAGGACAACCUGUACCACAAGAAAUUCACCGACGUGAACAGCUUAUUCACGUCGAUGGAUUCCUCGUCCGGCUCCGACAUGAGUGAGCCAAAGUUAUCCCUUGCUGAGUCCCGGCAACUCAGUCAAUACUCAAAGCCGAAGAUACUCACGCCUAGUUAUCCUAAAUGCCAAGAGUCACCUGAAUUUAACUCCAUUUACCUCCCUACCCACCUGAGCCCCAGUGAGAAGGUGAGGCGGGGCACCGUGCACUACACCGGAGCUCAAGGGGUGACGGGAGCAGGGGAGAACAUCACGGGGCCUCAGUACAGCCCUAGACUGGCACCCUCCAUGGAGCCCGGCUACCAAGGUUACCACAGUUCCUUCCUCUCCGUCAUCAGCGAGUACAAUGGCUCCAAUAACCAGCCUGUGGAAAGUGGGGGAGAGUCACCUUGCAUCACGACAGCCACGGACUACUGUGCGGACUUCAUUGACUAUAACACGCUGGGAUGGCAGGCUGGGGCAGAGCCGAGGAGGGAGGAUCAUAGAGGGUGCUGCCGGGUCCACAUGGAGAUCCUCAAGGGACGUAACCUGCCGUGGAUUGAGGGGAGUGAAGGGAUCCCGCAACCGCCUAAUUGCUAUGUCAGAACCAACGUUGGGUCCGUCAUCGUCCUCACAAAUAUUUGCCGGGAGAGCGUCAACCCCAUGUGGAAUUUUGCUGCCGAUGUGUUGCUGCCGUACUCCCAGCUGGCCCAGACCAACGGCAGCCUGAUCCUGAAGGUGCACCACAGCCAGACCCACCAGCGCACCUCCCCUGACGACCUGCUGCUGGGCUUUGUCUCAGUCGACGCCACCUCCAUCUGGAGCGGCCACGUCUCCCUCUGUGGCUGGUACCCUCUGCUGGACCUCCGUGGGGCUGUCAGGGGCCACGUCAAGGUCUCCCUCACCCCACACGAGCCACCUCUAAAUGUGGCAGUCAGCAACGUAAGGCAGCCUGUCCACCCCCACAGUGUUGCCUCCUACGGCCCGCCAGUCAACCAGCACCUCGCCAGACACUCCCCUUACCCACAGUGCUCAGGUCCCAUGCCCGACCCACACGCUGAGGCUCUCUACUUCCAAGGGGACGGUGCUUGCAACUCGGUCCUCAAUGCUCUAGCAAGGCCCUCAGGUGCUGUGCCUCAGUUCACUACAAAGAGUCAGAGGGAAAUAUAUAAUCAGAGUCUUCAAGGCAUCAAAGACUCCUCAUCCUCUGCAGAAGUUAAUGGGACUUUAGAACCACUGGCUGCUGAACCUUCUGGGCCUUACAAAUCCACUCCAGGUAGUGAAAAGGGGGAAGAUUUCACUCAUGACAAGAGAGAAGAGUGCCCCACAGCUCAUCCCAAAGCCAACAAUGUGGGAGACAAGUCACAGAAUGCCAUCCGCAAAUCAUCGAGCAUUCCAGUUUUUGCCUCAAGUAAGACCAUGCUGAAGUCUCCAAGGGUGGAUGACAAAGCUAAGAUGCACAGCUAUCUCCCAAAGGUGGACUACAAGGAUAAGGAAAACAUUCACCCCACAGAGGUCAUCAGCCAAGGUUAUUGUCGGCAUAAAGGCUCCAUCAUUGUGAAGGGCCUGAGUAAAGAGCCUGUUGGCCAUGACCCUCCACACCCUGACACUGAACCUAAGUCUUCCACUAAUGGGCAUUCUACCCUUCAGAAUGGAGAGAGGGAGGGUAGAAAGGAAUCUACACUGAUAAAAGAUUCUUUGAUUGUUUCCCAUUUCCGAAUACAAAAGGAGAAAGAGGAGAGGCCAGAGGAGGUGAACGGUAAAGGUGCUCACAGUGCUAGGCCUGGACCAUCCUCAAAGGGAGUCAUGUCCAGCAGUGGUAGUGAUAACUCUCAAAGUGACAGCCAACACUCUACCUCUGAUUCCAGGUCUUCUUCCCAGUCUGGUAGCAAGCCAAGCUCCUGCCUGAAGGCCCCCGGCAGCCCCUCACUCAGGGUAAAACAUGUGACAUUUGCUCAUAAGUUAGUUCAGCACCAGAAUGGCAACACUAAGCUUCAGUCCCACUUCUCCCAGGGUGAGGUGAGCUGGAGGUCCCACCAGUCCUCACAGUCCUUGCCACUCACCAGACAAGAUGCAAUUUCACCAAGAGACCUAAGAAGCGGUCACUCCCUCAACCUUGAAGGGUCUGACCUGCAGGUGGUGCCGUGCCGGGAGGGGGACCCGCAGGCACACACCGGUGCCCAGGGGGGCGUCACACUCAAUGGCUAUGGAAUGUCCACGCCUCAUGACAGGGCCAAGGACGACCUGAUCAUGCAGUUCUCGUGGAUGAAUCAGAAUGAUGGGUGUGACACUCCCUGCGUUUCCUUCAUUGAAUCAAAACCCCCAAUGCAGCAUAACAAUGAGGCCAACGGCACGUGCAGCUCCAAGUCCCCGCCAGAUGACAGGACGGCGGCGCCCAGUCCAAGCAGCUCAACUUCACCUAAAAAGUCUAGAAAACUUAGAAGCAGAAUAGCAGCAAAUUUUACCCUGAAGUAAUCUCAUCUCACUUAUGUUGCAGAAAACCAAAAAGAAUUUUGUUCUUUAUAUUCAGAUUCUAUCAUGUUAUUACAAUAUGAAAUAUUUCAGAAAUUUAUUCACGUCACUUUAUUUUCAAGUAUUGAUUUGUGAUAUAUUAUAUUUUUUUAUAUGAAAGUUUUUCUCUCAGGUUUUAAAUUAAAAUGUGAAAAGUUUGAGACAGUCGUUCAUGUCGCACACAAUGUUGUUUUGGAAUCUCACAGUCGUGUAGUUUACCAGUUACCUUUAUCCCAUAUCUCCUGUAAAGCUUGACCUCGGUGAGCCUUGUAUCCCAAACAUCUCCACUUCCAUCUUCAGGCUUUAUUGCCACACAGCUCUCGCUCAUAUUGCUUAUCCAAAUAUAUGUAUGAAAUUAUCUCAUUCCAGCAUGUCACAAACCUAGCAACCGCUUGUGUUGUGAAAUGGUGCUAAUGUACCUGCCGCCACGCUACCCGUGAACUCCCUAAUAAAUGUGAUCUCUUUUAA